CCCACCCCCACCUCUAGCUGACCAUGGCAUCCGAAGCAGAGAAAACAUUCCAGCGGUUUGCUGUCAUUGGAGACUCCUCAAGCAGCGGCGCCGAAAUAAACAACAAGAAUUUCUCCAAGCUGUGCCAAGACUGUGGCAUCACGGAUGGCAAGACGGUCACCUCUGCAGAUGUGGACACUGUGUUCAACAAAGUCAAGGCCAAGAAUGCCGGAACUAUCACGUUUCAGCAGUUCACAGAAGCAAUGAAGGAACUGGGCCAGAAGCGCUUCAAGGAAAAGAGCCCAGACCAAGGCCUGCAGGACAUUUAUAAACUCAUGGAGGGCAAGAAUCCAGCUGCCAAGAAUCCAGCUGCCACUGGUGCCACAGCGGCUGGUGCCCUGGACCCUCUCACCGACACCAGCGAGUAUGCUGGCAUCCACAAGGAGCGCUUGGACGACAGUGGCAAGGGCAAGGGCAUGGCAGGAGGGGAAGAGACCACUGAUAACUCAGGCUAUGGGAGGGGUGGAGAGGAGUAA